GUGAGGUGCCAGCCAGAGCCUCCCGUGGCGGCGGCGGGCUUCCGAAGAGCGCCCCGAGCGCCGCGUUCCCGCGGGACGACCAGACUCGCCGCCGGAGCUGAGCCUCGCCCCGCAUUCCUGGCGUUUCUGUCACGUUCGUGAGCGAGCCGCGGUGGGUGCCUCAGCCUUUCUCUCUCGCCUUUCCGCCCCGGGGGCCGGCCGUGAGGGCGGCGCCUCAGCCCGGCCCGUGUCGCCGCCUCAGCCCGGCCCGUGUCGCCGCCUCAGCCUCUCGCCUUUCCGCCCUGGCGGCCGUGAGGGCGGCGUCGGCAGCCCGGGCGGCCCGUGCGUGCGUGUCUGUCUCCGCUGCGGCGCCUUCGCCUCCCGCCCCCUCAGGACGAUGCUGCCCAGCACGGCCGUCGGCUCGCUCGCGCAGGGCAACGGGGCGCUGAGCUCCCGGGACGCGGCGCGCCACACGGCGGGCGCCAAGCGCUCCAAGUACCUGCGGCGGCUCUUCCGCUUCCGGCAGAUGGACUUCGAGUUCGCCGCCUGGCAGAUGCUCUACCUGUUCACGUCCCCGCAGCGCGUCUACAGGAACUUCCACUACCGGAAGCAGACGAAGGACCAGUGGGCCCGGGACGACCCCGCCUUCCUGGUCCUGCUCAGCGUCUGGCUCUGCGUUUCCACGAUAGGAUUUGGCUUUGUGCUCGACAUGGGAUUUUUUGAGACGAUAAAGCUGCUCCUUUGGGUUGUGUUCAUAGAUUGUAUAGGCGUUGGUCUGCUCAUAUCAACUUUAAUGUGGUUUGUCUCUAAUAAAUAUUUAGUGAAGCGGCAGAGCAGAGAGUGUGAUGUGGAAUGGGGCUACGCCUUCGAUGUGCAUCUGAAUGCUUUUUAUCCCCUCCUUGUCAUUCUGCACUUCAUCCAGCUUUUUUUUAUCAAUCAUGUUAUCCUAACAGACACGUUUAUUGGAUAUUUAGUUGGAAAUACCUUAUGGCUGGUAGCAGUUGGCUAUUAUAUCUAUGUAACUUUCCUAGGAUAUAGUGUUUCUUUCUUUUCCAGCAUUGCCAUUUUUGAAAAAAACAGUCACUCUUCUCUAUCCGUUUGCACCUCUCAUUCUGCUCUAUGGACUGUCAUUAGCACUGGGCUGGAACUUUACCCACAUGCUGUGCUCCUUCUACAAGUACAGAGUGAAGUGAAAAAAGCAAGAUGAUCUGAAUUGUAUCAACAGUAUUGGUGAAAUGACGAUUUCUUGUAAAACUUGUAAAUCAUUGUAGAUAUCUUAAAAUUAAAACGAUUGCAGAUUUGUGUAAGUAUAUGUUAAAACUGUUGUUCAGUACAUUCCUUUAAACUAACUAAAGGUACAUCAUAAUAAAUAUUUUUUAAAAUAAA